AACAUGGAUUGGAAAUGGAAACAUAAGUUGUGAUUGUCAUGCACCUUGUCGUGAGACUGUUUUCACGAAGACAACAUCCUCCACCUUCUGGCCUUCAGAUGACUAUCUGAAAGUGUUGAUAACAGAGGUGUGUAACAAUAAGUCAGAUUCAGACUUCUGGAAGGCUCCUUGUUCCGAUAUGGAGAACUUAGCUUCACAUGAACUCGAUAAAUAUAGGCGCAACUUUUUACGAGUUCUGAUAUACUAUGAAGACUUGAAUUAUGAAUUAAUCGAGGAGGAACCAUUGUAUGAACCCGUUCGUUUCCUAUCUGAUAUAGGAGGUACGAUGGGGUUAUUCCUUGGCGCGUCUGCUCUGACUUUCGUGGAAAUUUUGCAACUGGUUCUCGAAUUGAUCUUGUUCAUAAAACACAAGAAUUAGAAAGUAAAUUGAGUGACUGUUUUGAACAAGUGAAAUAGCUAGAAACGUAUUUAAAGUAUACAAAGAAAUAGACGUGCUUCUUUUUGUGAAAAGCUGUAAUAAAAACAUUUAUAUUCUAAGCAUAUUAAGGGAUAUUUUCUUUCUUAUUUAUGACUAUCAUCUUAACAUUGGUAAAAAAUGGAAGAACAAUUAAUAUACAAUGUGAACUGUAAGUUGUUGAAAUUGAGUUCAUCUGCACUGGAUAUAAUCAUCUUUAUCAUGUAAUUAUUUGGAUUUUGUUGUUUGUUCUGUUUAUUGUUGAUGAUUUUAGAAAUAGAAUUAUCUCAUACGCAAAUUUAUUAUUAUAUUAUAUAAGCUGUAGAUCUAACAAUUUUGAUACGUACAACCUAUAGAUUUUAUGCUCACUUUAUAUAGGCCAUGUAUAUUUGAAAAUAUUCUUCACUUGUAACUCGUGGUAAAACACACAAUGACAGACUUGAAAUAAUUAUAUUAAAAAGUUGAAUUUCAUCGUGUUUUAGAAGUUAAAAGAAGAUA